AUGGAAACAACAUGGGAAAAGAUGCAACGCAUUAUUGACCAACCUAUUACUCACAGAAUGUGCAAAGUGGUGAAGUGGUCCAGACCCCCUCCUUUCUACUAUAAGCUUAACAGUGAUGGAAGUUGUGUGGAAGGGGCUUAUGGACCUGGUGGAGUAAUUAGAGAUUGCAAUGAAACACUUGUCAUGGCGUACUCAAUGUACUUAGGUCAAGGGAUGAGCAAUCGGGCAGAAGGACAUGCCAUGCUCUUGGGACUGCAGUAUUGUAUAUCUAGAGGAUUGGAUAAAACAAUAGUGGAAGCUGACUCAAAGGUGUUAGUUUCUGUUGUCAAUGAAGAAUCAAGCACACUAUGGAGGCUGCUGCAAAUUGUGGAUAAAAUCAAGUAG